AUGCAUACCAACGCAAUCUUUGCCGGCGUAGUCCUCACCGCAAUUGUCUUCCUUCAAGGCACCUCCGCACCACCAGCUCUCAUGGGCAUCGCAACUGUCGCAGGCACGAAAGUCGCCGGGAUCAUUAGGGGAGGACUCAAGGCGGGCGGCAAGGGCCGACGCGCCGACGUUGCCUUCCUACACGCCCGCCGGAUGGCCAUGGAGAUUGAAGCAGAGAUCAGCAGGCGAAAAGAAGAAGAUGGAUCUGGCAGCGCUCCCGCAGGAGCUUCUCAAUAUGCCUGGGAUGCUUGUUUCGACCAAGUCAAGGUUUCGAACACGCCGAUCAACGUCAAUGGACCUAUCAAUGAAAACCAUAUCCGCGUGACUGGUCUUCCUCCGGCGUGCAUGAAUAUGGCCACAGCUCUUGGAUCACUUGAAGGACAACGUGCCGUGCCUGUGCCGUGCGGCUCUGACUGCAUCGACUAUGGGGAUAUGUCGCCGGGUUAUUACGAGGCGGUUCGCUCUUUUGUCAAUGAACGAUUGACCGGGAACAGAACCGCUGUGGAAAAGAGGGACUUCACGCAUGCUUGA